UCCUGCCGCGACGAGCCUAUUUCCCGUACUGCACCACGGCCUUCCUUUUUCUUUUCCGGUCCCAGGCGCUUCGGGUUCUGUAGGCCCAGGUGCAGACAUGGCCAAGUCCAAGAACCACACCACGCACAACCAGUCCCGAAAAUGGCACAGAAACGGCAUCAAGAAACCCCGAUCACAACGAUAUGAAUCUCUUAAGGGGGUAGACCCCAAGUUCCUGAGGAACAUGCGCUUUGCCAAGAAGCACAACAAGAAGGGCCUGAAGAAGAUGCAGGCCAACAAUGCAAAGGCCAUAAGUGCACGUGCUGAGGCUGUCAAGGCACUCGUAAAGCCCAAGGAGGUCAAGCCCAAGAUCCCAGCGAAAGGCAGCCACAAGCUCAGUCGACUGGCCUACAUUGCUCACCCCAAGCUCGGGAAACGUGCUCGUGCCCGCAUUGCCAAGGGUCUCAGGCUCUGCCGGCCAAAGUCCCAGGCCAAGGCUCAAACCAAGGCCAAGGCUGCAGGUGCCGCUGCAGCUCCAGCUGCAGCUCAGGCUCCCAAGGGUGCCCAGGCCCCCACAAAGGCUCCGGAGUAGAGACCUUUAUCUGCCAAUGUGAGGACGGAAGGACUGGUGUAACCCCUGGGCUGCUGUCUACAUGGGGCUGGUGUCCUCCUGUGCUAUUUGUACAAAUAAACCUGACGCAGGAUCUGUCA